UGCAGUCCUGUGCCUGCAUUCCUCGCAUCUAGGAUUUGCUUGAAAGGGGGAUUAAAACAAAUCAUACACAAUAACAGACGCAGAUUGGAAUACGGCGCGGAAGCAUCUGUUUUCAAAAAGGACAAACAUUUGAAAGGACGUGAUAUUCGUGGGUCGCUGAAUUGAUUGGAUAUUUUUGCUUUCCGUGAGUCAGCUCUAAAAAAAGGGCAUACAAAUGAGAAGAAAGGUAAACAGAUACGUCGUUUUUAAUUCGCGUUAAACAGUCAAACCAGAUGGGUUGACGAGCGAUAACAAGGGCUAAACGAUAUCGUCUCCUUUAAGAGCAAGAAAGCUUCCUGGCUUUAGUACAUGAAUAUUUUAAGCGAGUUAGCUUCCUCAAAAUAAAAUACACGACAUUAGCCACUAAAAAUGAACGCAACGCAUUUCUGGUGAGUGCGGCCAGGUAAACAGCAGGCGAAACACGGAGAAGGAGAUCAUUUUGGAUCAUUUCUUUAAUAUUUAACCAACACCGAUAACGAGAGAUUAGAUUUUAAGCACGAUUAAAUCUCUAGUCUUUGAGUUUUAAUGCUUCAAACGCAUGCUGGCAUACAUAUUUGAGCGUGAAUUUUAUGUUAAUUUACAGUUGUGUCACGACAAUAGAUACAUGUAGUUUCCAGCUCUACCGGAUGCAUUCCUUACAGUUUGUUACAGUGUUAAAAGAGCAACACACCACAUAGUCUCAGGUCAACUUCAUUAUUCCAGCGUAGCGUGCGUAAUAUUCAGAGAAGCUUUAUUGUAAUUCCAGCAGGGCAGAUGUCAUGUGCCCUGGGCACAAAUCAAAAACGUGAUCGACUGCUUUAGUAUAUGACUAUAGCUGCUUUGCCCGUAUGCUUGUGAAAGGACAUUUCCAUUGCUUGAAGUAGUUAGUGCGAAUAAUCUGAAAGCGUCCUUGCGUUAAAAAACGAUCAAACCAUACGCAGCGCAAAGAACUGAACGGAACGCAGGUGUCUCGAGACGCGUUUCUAAAAGUUGACGUUCUUUUUAACUUGACAAAGGCGUCUAAAAAGCAAAGACGUUUUUCUACAGCGUAGGCGGACGCACAGACUUUUUCGGUGUGAACGGUCCCGUAGAUAUUUUGUCUCGUAAAGAUUUUUCGUUAUUAGAAAGGCCAAUCUACCAGGAUCUCUUCUUCUAAAACCCCACAUAUACAACGGCAAAAACGCGCACACUAUUUCACGCAAUCGUAUUGCGAAGCCAGAUUACAGUUUUUCUCUCUCACUUGGCUGCGGUAUUUUAUUGCUGACAAUUUCGCCAGGAGCAGAGACGCUCCCUUGGUAUGUUUGGGGCUGAUUGACAGCUGUGACUUGAAUGGUCUUUAUCAACUCUCCUAACACUUGGAUAUACAUGAAGAAGUCACAAGUAUGAUUGACACUUUAUUAGGUCGGUGCUAGAACUUUAUGUUUGCCUUCCACGUGCUCCAAAGCUGAUUAACUCAAAACGGGAUGUCGGAUCAACUGGUUGAGAUGGCCGAGAACUGGCGAAACUGCUUUGAGGAGGAACUCAUUUGCCCUAUAUGUUUGCAUGUGUUCGUGGAGCCCGUGCAGCUGCCUUGUAAACACAACUUCUGCCGAGAAUGCAUCAGUGAGGCCUGGGCGAAAGACGUGGCCAAUGUGCGCUGUCCGGAGUGCAACCACGCAUACAACCAGAAACCAAAUCUGGAGAAAAACAUCAAGUUGAACAACAUCGUGGAGAAGUAUAACGCGCUGAACGUCGAAAAAUCUCCAGCCGUACUGCAUUGCAUUCUGUGUAGGCGAGGACCUCCUCUACAAGCACAGAAAGUGUGUCUUCGGUGUAAUGCACCCUGUUGCCAGUCUCAUGUUCAGACACAUCUUCAGCAGCCCUGUCCCGCUCCUGGCCAUUUACUAGUGGCGGUUGAGGAGGUCAGGGCGUGGAGCUGUCUACACCAUGAUGAAUACAGACUCUAUCAUUGCGAUGUGGAACAGGUGGCUGUCUGCCAAUAUUGUUACUUCUCCAGAUGUGCGACCAACCACGGCAAUGCAGUUUGCGACGUGGAAGUACGACGCAAUGAGAUCAGGCAUAUGUUGAUGAAGCAGCAGGAUCGUAUUGAUGAUCGAGUGAAAGACAUUGAGGAGCAGCUGUACAAGUUAGAGUCUGACAAAAUACUGGUGGAGGAUAAGGUACGGCACCUGAAGGAGGAGGUGCGUGUGCAGUAUCACAAAAUGCACCAGCUCUUAGAAGAUGAUCUGGGGAGAACUCUGGAAGUGCUGGAUAAAGCACACUCCAAGUACUGCCAAGAGAAUUCCACCCAAACCCUACAGCUCAAUGAACGCUGCCAGGAGGCCAAGAAACUGCUCAGCUCUGUCCAAGUUGUGUUUGACAAGGCAGAGGAUAUUAAUUUCAUGAAGAGCACAAAACCAGUGAAAAUACUCAUGGAUAGAUCACAAACUUGCACAGGCAGCGUUCUGCCUCCUUAUAAAGUGGGUCAUCUUAAUUCCAAAAUAUUCCUCUCUGAAGUCUCAAAAAAGGAAAAGAACUUGAGAAAAUUACUAGAAGUACCAUUCAAUACUUCUGCACACUUCCUUCAGAGCAUUUCUGUCCACCCCUCCAGUGUGAAUAACUACGGGGGUGAGAAACGCAAACACUCCAAGGCCUUCCCAGAAAGCUGCACCAGCCUGCUAGACUCCUCAUCUGGCCCCAUGAGUAAACAGCCCUUCCUGGGUCAAGGCUCCAACUCCACAGAUGGGCCCUCCUCCCAGCCACCCAUGGCUCCCUGUAGCUCCACCCAGCACAUUGUAGGCCUCAGUAGUAGCAGUGGUACACAGUCGGUUCAUCAUUCCAGAUCUGUUUUUACUACUGCCGAAUAUCCCAACUCUAGCUCGUCCCAGCAGGCCAUGCUGCCACAAUACGGUGGCCGUAAGAUUCUUAUGUGCACGAUGGACAAUUGCUACUGCUCUAGCGUACCCUCCAUAUCAAACCAUCGUGGCCAUGCUCCUUACCCACGCUCUGGAUCUUUCCCAUGGACACAGGAUUACUCCCACCCCCUCCCCUCCACACCUGCAAUGUCCCAGCCCCUCCAGGGGCUCUCCAUGCAUGACUGGAUCGAUGCCUCACAGAGUCACAGGCACCCUGACUUCUAUGGAUUGUAUGGGCAAUCUUCCACUAAACCCUAUGUCACCAGUUAACCUUCAACUGCUGUCAGAUGGGCAUCUCUGGUUUAUCUCCAAUAUUGUUUAAAGGAUUUGCUUACAAAUCUAAGGCUAUAGGUGAGUUAAAGAAAUAGUUCACCCAAAAACGAAAAUUCUGUCAUUUACUCACUCUUAGGUGUUUCCAAACUUGUAUGAUUUUCUUCGUUGUGUUGAACACAAAAGGAGAAAUUUUAAAAAGAUGUUCCUUUGCUGAUUUCAAUUCAGUGGCAGUGGAUAGGGAUUUUAAAAAAAAGUGUCAUAAAUGCAGUCCAUAUGACUAGUGGGUCAUAUUCUUCUAAAUGAAUAUGGUUUUGGUAAGAAACAACCUGAAAUGUAACUGUUUUUGCAGUGAAUAUUUUUGACUUCCUCUAUAGUUCUCCUUCCAUAGCGUUCAUGAGUGCAUGAGACCCCCAUUGUACAAAGGUGCCUGGAUUUGUUCCUGGCAGGCAGCAGAUACCCUAAACCUGCCCCCAUCUCUAAUCCUAACCAUAUGACGCUGUGUAGCCUGACAGGAAUAACUUCAGGCACCUUUGUGCAAUGGGAGCGUACGACAAGCGCGUUUAUGUCUUCAUGUGUUUACACAAGUGUUGCACUUUUUGUUGUAAGCCAUUGCGAAUAAUAAAUACACUGUGUAUUUCUUCUCUGGAGCACAAAAGGGUUGUUAGGAAGAUUGUUAGCCUCAGUCACCAUUCACUUUAAUUGUAUGGAAUAAAGAUGCAAUGAAAGUGAAUGGUGAACAUUGUGCCUAACAUCUCCUUUUGUGUUCCACCGAAGAAAGUCAUAUGGGUUUGGAACAACGUGAGGUAAAUGAUGAUAGAAGUUUCAUUUUUGGUUGAACUGUCCCUUUAAUUCAUAAAAAAAAAAAAAAUGUCUUGCAUUAUAAUUUGCUUUUCAAAAUCAGAUUUAUUAACAUCACAAUUAAAAAGAAAUGUAUGGCACUUUGUCUCUUUUUCAUCAUGCAAUGCAAGCCUCUAUGACUCUGAAGCACUGAUCUCUUCCAACGUAAGCAUUAAAAACCCAUCUGUCCCCGUGUAACGCAAGAUAAGGGAAUCUUUCGUUGAGAAAGUGGAGGCGGGACCCAGAGUUUUUAAAAUUACAAACAGAUUUUGGAUAAUUGCAGAGGGUGCUGACCUAGAGAAGAUAAUGAUCGAUUGUAAAUGGAGUCAGUUUUAACUUUCACUCCCCUCUUCCUGCCUUUAGGGUAUCUGGUGUCUGGUUCUGUUUUAUUAUGUGGUAAAGAUUCCUUUUUAAAUUGCUAUUAAACUACUUACAGUUGUAUUAAUAGUAGACUGGGAUUAUUAUUAUUAUCAUUAUUAUUAUAAAAAAAAGAGCAAUGGCAAAGAUGAGUGUUUUUUAUUUUAUUGUUUUACAUUUCACCUCCACUGCACCUUACAUUUUUGGGCUAAGGAACUGCACAACAUUGACUGGGGACUCUGAUUAGGGUUUGUUGUGUUACUUCCAUUCCUUAGAGGCCAGAGUAUCUUGUUGUUUUCUGUUUACAAUUAUGUAUUAAUAUUUGUAUCGAUUCACAGUAGGUUUGAAAAGAUCAAUACAAAAACUCAAUACAGGUUCAAUUCCUUUGGAAUUGAUUUUGGUCUUCAAAGAUCUCUUUAUAGGGGGUUUACAGACUUUCAUGAGAUCUAACAGACUGUUGCAUCUGAAAGAAUUCUGGAUUCUUGUUACGUUACUCCCUGCAGUCAAGCACUUCUAAAGCAUGUUCAAGAUGAUUGGUGUCUACACCCCUGUCAGUUGAAUAAUUGCAUAGAUAUGCUUCCUGUUUUAGUAUGUGACACAGACGACCAAAGGUGUUUAUGGUCACUGUGCAACACUGAUUGUCAUGAACAUGCUGAAAAUCUUUCAACUUCCUCUUUGUGAUUGUAGGCAUGCAGGUGAGCCUUUCGGUGCACUCAGAUCUCCCCCAAGUGAACUGGACUGCAUACAUUUGGAAAUCAAGAUAAUGUGCUUCAAAAAGAGUAUUAAAUGCUGGUUUCAACAGACCUGUAUAGAAUCUCUUAUAAUUAUUAUUAUUCUUGUUUUUGCAACAGAAAUAAUGGCACUACACAAUUUAAUUUUAAAAAGCCUUGAAAUAAACAGAAAAAUGCAUAGGUGGUAACAGAACCCCCAUCUGUGUUAUGUCCAUGACCUUUUCCUGAAAUGAGUCUGUAAGGUUACAUGCAUGACUAUAAUCUAGCCACAGUUGGUUUUUGCAUACUCAAGGGAGAGUCAUCAUCUGUCUGUACAAGUAAGCCUAUAAAUGAGAAUGUAUAAAUUAUAUUUAAAGGAAAGACAUCAGUUGAGGAACUGUUAAAUACAGUAAUGUGAAAAUGAUAGGACACCCCAUGAAAACCUUUUGUCUUUUUCAACAUAUGGACAUUAGAUCUUCAUUUUAACAAUAUUGAAAGAUGGAGGUAAUAUAAAUAAACUAAUAAAACUGAAGAAAUGAAAAAAGUUUUAUUUUUUAUUAUUUCUAAAAUGUACUUAAUAGAAAUGCCAUUUUUGGUGAGGAAAAAGAUAGGGCACCCCCACAUUUAUUUACUACUUAAAAUACAUAAAAAUGAAUUAGGUGCACCACAGCAUGUGCAAAAGAUUAGAACAACAUUAGAGAGGAUUGUGGAGUAGCCUUUCUUAUUUAAACCUCAGACAUUUAGUUUGGAUUGCUCUUGAUUGUUUAAGUGAGUGAAAUCACCAUGGUGAGACCAAAAGAGCUCUGAGGCCUUCAGAAAGAAGGUUGUAGAUGCAUAAGUGUCUGGGAAAAAUCUCCAAACAAUUUGAAAUCAGCCAUUCCACUGUCUGGAAAAUAAUUUGCAAGUGGAGAACAUUUAAAACAACUGCCAACGUGCCCAGGUCAGACCGUCCUUGCAAGUUCAGCCCAAGAGCAGACUGCAAGAUGCUUAAAGAUUUCUCCAACAAUCCUUAAAUGUCAUCUCGGGACCUACAGGUAGCUCUUGCCACGGUUGAUGUGAAAGUACAUGCAUCUACCGUAAGAAAGAGACUAUACAAGUUUGAUUUGUAUGGGAGGUGUGCAAGGAGGAAACCCUUGCUGUCAAAAAAAUAAUAAAACAUCAGGGCAAGACUAAAGUUUGAAAGAGAACACCUAGAAAAAGACCAGGACUUCUUGAACAAUGUGCUUUAGACAGAUGAAUCCAAAGUUGAAUUGUUUGGGCACAGUAAUAGAAGACGUGUGGCGCAAACCAAAGACGGCAUUUGAGCACAAGAACGUCAUAUCAACUGUAAAGCAUGGGGGUGGAAAAGUCAUGGUUUGGGGCUGCUUUGCUGCAGCAGGUCUUGGUCAACUCACUAUCAUAGAAUCCACUAUGAAUUCUUCAUUGUAUCAGAGGGAGCUUGAGGAAAAUGUAAGACCAUCUGUCUGAAAAUUGAAGCUGACGGAUGUGGACUAUUCAACAUGACAAUGACCCAAAACAUUCCAGUAAAUACACCAAGGAAUGGCUCAAAAGAAAGAAAUGGAGAGUUCUGGAAUGGGGAGUGGGGAAAACGUCAUCUUGAGGUUAUUUCAGCCAAAGGGGGCAAUACCAGCUAUUAGGGCAGAGGGUGUCCUAACUUUUUCCUCAGAAGGAAUUGGCAUCUUUGUACAUUUUGUUUGUUAAAUAAAUUAUAUGAUGGUUAAAAUAUAAUUGUUUUUGGUUCAAUUACAUCACCUUUAUCUAUAGAUAUUGCUUGAAAGAUGAUAAAAUAUUGAAAUGUCCAUAUUUCUUAAAGAACAAAAUAUUUCAUGGGGUGUGAUAAUUUUUUCACAUGACUGUACAUGUUGUGCAUCACCUCUAUAUUUUGGAGCAUGUGCACAAUGAUGAGCCCUAUUAAUGUAUAAACAUGCUGGACAAAGUUGAGCUACAACUGCUUGAACUUUUGUAAAAAUCGGACUAUUAAAAUUUAAAAUGAAAAUGUUGCAUAACAUUUUAAAAAGAAGAGUUAUUGUUGACAUUCGUUCAACUGAAACUUUUAAGGUAAAUGUCCGGAGUGAUAUAGGCUUAAUUUUGUGCAUUAAUGUUAUCAGCCCAUUAGAAUAGAAAGAAAUGGCUGUAAAGUAAUAUAGUCCCUUUAGCUCUAUUGUCACUAGUUCUUUUAAUAUCCCUUUUCAAUGACAAACUGCAUGACUGGCACAUUAUGGGCAGAAAAAGCACUGUUUGCACUACCAGUGUACUGCACCCUCCUUUUGUCCUUCGGGCAUUUUUUGACCAGUAUUGAAACCAUUAAAAAUGCAUACAUUCUUGAUUAAUGUACAACGGCAUUAAAGACCCCCCUUAACAAAAACUAUUUUUGUAAAUCAUUUUUUAAAAUGUAAAAAUUAAACUAAACAAAAAAAGUUUAAAAACUUGACAAACAUUGGCCAAGUAUGUCUCAGUUUGGCAUUUUGUAAUAUCAACAAUUUCUGAUUUAUUCUGCUUGUAGAAAACCAACAGUGAAUACUGUAGAUAUACAAUUUGAGAUGGUUUUAUAAAUUAAUCUCUAUUGCCUUUUUUCAGCAAUAAAAAUGGGCAGACUUUG